CUGGAAAGACGCAGCUAAUCCCUCCAUGACCUCUCUGUGCUGGAAAGCCGACAGAAUAUGCAGGGGAUGAACACGACAGCAGAAGCAAUUUUGAGCGCCUGAAAUCAGCAUCGAGGUAGUUUUAACUCUUGGUGAAACAUGGGGGAACUGCGACCCACGCCACCCAAGCCUCGUUUGGACCUGAACAACUUUGACUCGGCGGAAGCAGAGAGGAGUCGGUAUGUUUUAACGAGUCCCCGCUCGUUGGAGUCCUGUAAACGACUCGGUAUUAAACCUGUCGAACUUCUGAUAAAAUCGCUUAAUGAGCUGAUUGCAGAGCAGCAUGACGCGCCUUUUGAGACGAUGAGAGUUUUGCAUGAAUCCUACGAAAAGGAGAGAAUGAAGCUUUUACAAAUGUGCCGAGAGGAGAGGGAGAAGAUUAUCCAGGCAGGUGGGAACAGGUGGCCAGGCAAUAAUAAAGUGUCAGGCCUGGACGUGGUGCCUGACACUAAACUGAAGGAUCUCUCAAGGGACAGACAGACAACAGGGUCCAUCCAGUAUGCAGAUCUGUGCUUGAAAGUGAAAUCUGCCAGCAGGUCCUCAUGUUCUAACAGAGACCCAGACAGGAGCACAAUCAGCAGCUUCAGUCUGGGAGACCUCAGACACACCCCGGCUACAGAGAUGAAACUGAAGAGGCUCACCAGAGACAUUAAUAAGAAGAUGUGUGUCACAGUGUCAGAGAGAGACCGCAAGAUUGCUGCUCUCAUGUUGGUGAAGCACCAGGAGGAGCAGGCUGGCUUGAGGCUCAGUCAGCAGGUGGAACAGGAGCGACAGGAGGCCCACAGGCAGGAGGAGGCCCAGCGGGCUCAGGCGGAGAAAAAGAGGAGGAAGAAACUGAAGCGUAGCAUGCAACGCUGGCACCAGGAGCUAGAAGCCCGCAGAAGGCUGAGGGAGCGUCAGGAAAAAGAGAAAGCGGGACAGCUUGAGCUGGAGGUGCUGCUGCAAGAAGAUCGCUGCAGGAGGCUGAAAGAGGAGGUGGAAGGAGAACGCAGAGACAAGAUAAAGGCUGCUCAGAAACAGGCAGGGGGGCGCAAACACUACCAGGAGAAGCUGCUGAGAGAGAAAGAAGAGGUGGUGAAAAAGGAGCGAGAGAGGGAAAUGCUUGUAGCAGUAGAGAAGGAGCAGAAGGCCAGGAGGAGCAAAGUGCUUCAGGAGAAGAAGGAGAGGAAGAGGCUGCAGGAGGAAAAUCAAAGGGAGCUGCUACGACACAUCCUGCUGAAACGGCAGGUAGAGCAGCAGGUGGAGGAAGAGGCGGCACAGAUGAGGAGCACCCUCGAGAAGAAGCUGCAAGAUUCCUGCGAGAAACGUGCCCAGGCUGUAGAGGCACGGAUGAGGGAGCUGCAGGAGCGAUCAGCCCGGGAGAAGGAGCAGAUUCAGAGGACGCAGCUGAGGGCAGAGCUGCAAAGCUUCCAGCAGCUCACACACAAACAGAUCCUGGUGCAGCUGAGCCAGAGACGCACGGAGAGAGCAGCCCUGCACGCCUUGGCCCAGCAGAGGAACAGAGCUCAACAGACACAGCAAAACAACAAACACAGGCAGAUCUGCCACCAGAGGCUGAGAGAGAGGAUACAGAGAGAGGAGGAGGCAAUGAAGAAGGUCAGAGAGAGCUGCAUCUUCAUGAAGGACUGGAGGAGGGAGAGGCUGCGGAGACAGCGGGAGCAGAUACAGGAGGAGGCGCACAGGCUGGCUCGGGCCUCCUAUCACAUGAGGGAGAGAGUGAGGCAGCAGACACACAGGCGGACCUUUGAUCAGAUGGCUCUGGAGGCUCAGCUGACUGCCUCCAUGAGCCACAUGAAACUUUAAGAGGCUCACAGGCUUGAGUUCACAUCAGACAUCAACUAACUCGUUCAUCCAGAGCUGCAGGAAAAUGAGCGAAUUCAGAGAAAACAUUCCUCCUCAAAAGUAUAAUGACACCCUUAUCUGAGAUUGUGCCAUAUUACAAACUUCAUUAUACAUAGCAUAAAAGUUUGUUUCUUCCUUUCUUUUGUAAACAGUAAAUGAUCAUCCAUUCCUGUGAUUUAACUUUAGACUCUUAGGGUGCCUUGAGCUCUAGGUUUGGACCCUUUUCUUCACAGUAUAACCAGCUUCCAUAUAUAGUAACAUAAACAUAUCUGCUCUGUGAGCCACAGCACAGAAUUGUUUUACUUAGAUUAUGUAUCGAAACACAUGAUGAUCAUAUUGUUUCAACACAUGCAUUAAAUCGAACAGUUUGUAUUGUGUGAUCUGACUUGACACAAUGUAGUAUUACUGGAUGUAGGUAAAGUGGAAAAGUGGAAAAAGGUUUUCUGAGCAGUGAUGGUGAAGACUGCAGACCAGAGACUGAAGGGUUAAA